AUGGCAGUUCCACCUGAAUAUGGCAUUUCCGCCCACCGCACAGAGCCUAAAGAAGAAGAGAAAUUUUACCCGGCCCAAGUAAAAAGAAUAGUCAACGAUGUUUUACAAGAUAAGCUUGAAGGCAAAUCAUACGACAACGCUACUGCCCAACAAUUAGCCCUUGAAAUCAGCAAUAUUGUCAAGAUCAGAUGCAAAAAUUUAAGGAUGCCAAGAUACAGCACACUUAAAAAAUGGAGUAGAGAAUCAACCUGCCCUCUUUUCACCUAUCCAGGACGUUCGGGAAGCAGUGUGCGAUAAAAGUAUUUUGUGGAGUGCAAUGCCGGGCUGACUUACCGCAAGCUCACAUCCAGUGCGAGGUUUUAUCUUGGGAACGGGAGUUGAAAGGGAUAGUCUAGCAAGGCCAGAGGGAGUUCGCUUGACCUAUCGGCAGCUCGAUACCAGAAGCUGCACUCUGGGCUAAAAGUUUCAUUCGGGCAUAUUGCCUGGCCAGAAAAUUCGCUUUGGAAUUUUUGGAAAGGGCAGUCCUGUUAAUAUACGGAACGGUGCCCAGGGUUCUUACUCUUGGGUGGCGAGCACAUGCCCUCGUCCGAGAGGAGCGACACAUACCUUUAGGCCGUAUAAUUGGACUGGCGAGCAAGAGGGUGAAACAAUACAAGGGGCAUGAAAAGUCUCUAUAAUAAUCUAAGUUAAGCCAAGAUACAAGUUGAUUGUUCAGACUUUUAUAGGGGAAAAUAUGGGGCAGGGGCUGAGAGUUGCAUCUAAGUGCUUAUGGAAUGCGAAAUUUGACAAUUAUGCUUCACAUUCAUAUCAAUCAGGGAAUAUCUUUGCGGUCGUUAUUGUGUUUGGAUCGUAUUAUGAAUAA